AUGAACAGCGGUGGUGUAGCAGCAGUUUUGCCUUCAACAUCCGUUGUUGAAGAGGAGUCAGCAGUUAUAUCAAAUGGUAUGACAUACAAUGACGAAAGAUUUAGUUCACGAUGGAAAGAGCGACGUGCUCGAUUUUUGGGUUGCAUUGAAAAUACAAAAUUAAUAGCAGAACGGACAAAGCAACGGCAGGAGAAUGCUCGAGUAGAACGACUGAAGAAAGAAAGAGCUGAAAUGGAAAAGUAUCGUCGAAGAUACUUGGAAGCGGCGAUGAAACAGUACAUGGAGCAGCAGGCGAAACCUCGAGAAACACCAUCAUCGAUAGCCCAAUCCCAUGGCCAUCAUCAUCCGCAGCUUCUUUCUUCAUCUCAGAGUUAUCCUGGAUGUAUGCAAGUAUUACGAGCUGCAACUCCUUUUACACCAAAUUAUCCACCAAUGUCGGCUUGUAAGCCAAGUAUUCGAAAACGGCCAUUUGAAGGUAAUGGCGGAUGGAUGCAAUACGCGCAUAUGACUAUCAUGGGGGAUCAACAUAAUAUAUAUCACGGAAAAAAGCAAGAAAUGUUUCAGAAUGAUGUAUCUCUGAUGCAGAAUACUAAUUCAUUUAAGUAUUCGGAUAUGAUGUCGAAACAAGUGCCUUACUGUCCGACAAGCAGUUAUAAUAGCGGAAUGGACUCCAGCAAAUCGAUAGCUAAAGAAGUACAUCCGAUGAAUUGUAUUGUCCCUGAACUAGAAAGAGCUGAACAGUACGAUCAAGCAAGAUUGGGUAGUUCAAUAUUACCAACAACAUCACAGGCACACGAAACUGAAACUUCCACUAUCCCCGAAGAAAUGAGCAACUUGUCAGCAAUGCCAGAGUUAGCUGAGUCGCACGUAAAAGAUCUGAUGGAUCAAAUUGGAUCGGGUAAUUCAUUGGAUGAUCUUGGAGGGAACUGUCUGGAAGGAGUAUUGGUUAAUCGUUGUGACGACGAACAGCCAUCCACGUUAGCUGCGGAAACUGAGAGGCUUAAAGUGCAGUCCUCAAGCAGUUCGAUAGUUUCACCGAUGUCAGUUACCUGCGGUACUCCCAACAGUGCUCUAUCUCCAGCUCAUCUUUCUGCAUCCGCUCGGUGUUCCACAAAUUCAUUUUAUGAUUCGCAUAGUACUGCUGUAACACCUCAACAAAACGCCCUUACACCACCUUGCGAUCAGUCGCAUCGAAUUCCAGUAGCAUUACCAGCACCACAAACAAUGGUACAAGAUAAUUCGUUGUUGUGUACGAGGAAUGCUAGUAGCAGUACUAGUAGUGUUGGUAGCACCAAUGCUGCUAUACCAUUAACAUCGCUAGUCAGCAAUAAUAAUAUUAGUGGUGGCAGCAGUAACGUUAACGGCUGUGGUAUGUACAGUGCAGCUGCGAUUCCAGCAGCAGCAACAGUGCCCAGUCAGCAACUACUACAUCAACCACACCAGCAGCCGCAGCAGCAGCAUCAAUUUGCGCAUUUUCAACAAUAUCAUCAUUCUCGUCAUCAACAACAGCAGCUACUAGAUUUAUUUAACAAUGGAUGCCAUGUGUCUGCAAAUAAUGCGCAACUUUCACAUAUGGAUAAUGCAAGAAUGUACAAUGGGAUUGAGUAUUCAAGAUUCGGUCAUUGCUACAAUCAAUAUCCAAACAAGUCAAUCAUUUUUCCACGAUUUCCCUCUCAAACAUUCGUUGACUGCUCCACACCACAGCAGUAUGAUAUUCAAUCGAUCAAAUAUCCGAACAACGCAAUGUCUUAUUAUGCGCAGCAACAGGAAAUGAAUAUGCAGCAACAAGCAUAUCAGUUUCAAGUCCCGCUGUUCCAAUCGGCAUAUCACCAUCAUCACUACCACGGUAACGGUAGCGAUCCAAUGGUAGCUGCACAGAAUCCAGUUUAUCCGAUGAAUCAUUUUUGA